AUGGGAAAACAGAAGCCUCUUCAGCCUCCACAGAAUGGAAUACUUGUGCCUGAUUUGAUUCCUAUUGCUUAUGAUGUUUUGGAGGCUUGGAAAAUUCUGAUAAGGGGCCUGGGGCAGCUUUUAUAUGUUGUUCCUGUCUAUGAUUGCAGUGACUGCUCUGAAGUUCAUGUGGGCCAGACAGGUCAUAAUUUUCAGGACUGCCAUGGCCCAGGCAGCCAAAAACGCAGAAGUUUCCACUCAUGGGUCAAGGGUUCUAUCAAUGAUGUUCUUCUCCCUGUUGAAUCAUACCACCUUUAUGACCCUUUUGGUCGGAGAAUAAAGCAUGAGACCAGGUUUGACUAUGACAGGAUUUCGACUGUUGUGGAGUUGUUCAUCCAAGCAGGGGUGGAUUUACCAGGAUACCCUUCACGCAGAAGAACCGAACCCAUUAGAAUGUUUGGGAAGAAAGUGAUCGAUCGAGGUGGAUUUGUUGAGGAGUCAAAACCAUGUCAUUCUAGAGACUCUUACCCACUCAUGGAACUUGAUACAUUUGGGGAUCAUGUUAUGUGUUUUCCACCUCCUGCAGCAUCUGAUGUUUCAAAAAUUGCACAGGAGACUUUCGAUGCGUACGAGAAGGUGAGGUGGGGUGUGAGGAAGUUGAUGAGGAAAUAUUCAGUGAAGACAUGUGGGUAUUGCUCUGAGGUUCAUGUUGGACCAUGGGGGCACAAUGCAAAGCUUUGUGGUGCAUUUAAGCACCAGUGGAGAGAUGGGAAACAUGGUUGGCAAGAUGCAACUGUAGAUGAAGUUGUCCCACCAAAUUAUGUAUGGCAUGUGCAGGAUCCAAAGGGACCCCCAUUGAUAGGUUUGCUGAAGCAGUUCUAUGGUAAGGCUCCGGCUGUUGUAGAAAUGUGCAUGCAUGCAGGUGCAAAAGUCCCUGAUAAGUACAAAUCCAUGAUGAGGCUCGCCAUUGUGGUUCCGGUCUCUAAUGAAGCUUGUUUAACCGCAUAAAAUCGAAGGUAGCUGAAGUUUAUGCUCCUUGUACAACAUAUUGUGUACAAAUGUAUAGUGUCCUAAAGGUAAUAUAUUUCUUUUGUCAAUUUUCU